UAAAAUUAAAAUGCGACGUAACCAUGUUCCCUAAAUUAUUUUUGUUUUGUGCAGUGCUUGCUUACGUUUUUGGCGGGGAAAUACCAAUUUAUUACGAUUCGUUUGAUGGAGAACCUAUAAGUGCGGAAGAAUAUCGACAGCGAGUUGCGAAGAAUACUACUUUUUGGUGCACCAACGUGGUGGAGCCAUGCGACCCGAACGAGUGGCGACGGAUCGACGGGUCAUGCAACAACCUCAAGAACCCCAACAGGGGGAUGCCACAUACCCCCAACUUGAGACUGCUGCCACAUACGUUUGAUGGGAAUGGCGAAAAAGGUUUUGAGCCCAGAAAAGCCCAGUCUGGAGACCCCCUGCCCUCCGAGCGCCCCCUGCGAACCAGUCUCCUCCCAGAGGGCCGGGUCCCCGACCGAGUCUUUACGCAAUUGGUCUCCCACUUCUUGGUCUUCCUGGUCUCUGAUGUACUGUCUAUACACGACACAAUAAACUACGUGCUAUGGAAGCCAUACUGCUGCACACCCAAAGGCAAGGAAGACAAGGACUGCAUCCAGGUCAAGAUCCCAGACGACGACCCAGUGCAUCGGUUCGGCCAUCUUCGCUGCAUGAAGCUGACCAGGCCUUUGACUUACCAAUCUGAAGGCUGUUUGAAGAACGACACAGUACCAGACAGAAUAGUAACCCCAACACCUACAAUCGAUUUAUCAAAACUAUACGGGCAGAACCUUGAGACCCUAUACUCCAAGGGCAGGCUGUUCAAGCAUGGUCUUCUGAAAUACGAGCUGGAAGAAGGAAGAAUGUGGCCACCCAGCACUAAGACAAAAGAUAAUCUUUGUAUUUUGAACCAGAAACCGGUGGAAAGUAGAUGCCAUGACACACCUGAACCAAUAUCUAACAGUUUGCCUGGAAUCAAUUUAUUCUCAAUAUGGUUUUGGCGACUUCACAACUAUAUCGCCACGGCAUUGUCAAAGGUCAACCCUUGCUGGGACGAUGACAAAUUGUUUUAUACGGCAAGGGAAAUCAAUAUAGCUUUUAUGGUGCAGACCAUUUAUUACGAAUUGUUGCCGGCACUUAUGGGUCGAAAUAAUUUAAUAGCAGAAAGCGUGAUAUCCAACAACCCAGGCUUCAGGAAUUUGUACAAUGAACAAGUUCUUCCUCAAAUAACGGCAGAAUACGCAUUCGUUCUCCGAUGGUUCCACAUUAUUCAGGAAAAUGAACAAAAGAUGUACGACGCCGAAGGAAACUACCUAAGAUCAGUGCCGCUCACGAACAUCACGCUGCGAACAGGGUACCUGGCCAUCGAUAACAAUAUAGACUACAUCACGCAAGGUGUCUUCCGCCAAGCUGGGGGGAGAUUCGACAAUCUGGUGGACCCUGAUAUAGCUGAAAUUGGCCUAGGGCCUAUGACAGAAGGCACCGACAUAACGACCUUCGACCUGGUGAAGAACCGCCACUUCGGCUUGGCGCCGUAUGUCAAGUACUUGGAAUUCUGCAAUGGAAGGCAUUUUGAUACAUUUGAUGACCUUGCUGGCUAUAUUAAACCUGAGAUGUUAGACGUCAUCAAAGACAAGUACAAGCACAUCGAGGACAUCGACCUCAUGGCUGGUCUGUGGACGGAGUUACCAGCUGAAGGCAGCUUCCUCCCGAAGACCUUGCAGUGUCUGAUGAUGGACCAGCACGUACGGUUCGUGGUGUCCGACCGGCAUUGGUACGAGAGGAAUAAUAGGCCUCACGCUUUCAAUCUAGAGCAAUUACUUGAAAUAAGGAAAUCAACUGUUUCCCGCUUGCUGUGCAACGUUGGUGAUACUGUAACUGAGAUCCAACCGAACAGCUUCUUGAGACCUGGGCCUGGAAACGAAAUAACCAGCUGUGAGAACCUCCCCACCAUCAACUUCUGGGCCUGGAAGGAUCCUGCUUGUGGUGGGGGAGGCUCAACCUACUGGUACAGCAGCGGCGAUAACGAAGGGAACCCCCAUUUUUGGGCUGAAGCUACAGAUUGAUUAAAUUAUUACAUAGGUAGUUGCAAGCAAGAAGAAUGUAACGUAAAAUUAUGUGUAAUGUAUUUGGAAUAAAUAUUAUUAAGGUCAUCUAUUCUAGAAUUAGGUGACCGUACGUCUACUUUAUUAUAUGAAGCAAUAUUUUACAAAAUGAGCAAUGUUGAUAAGUAUUAAAUUAUUGCUAGUUAA